AUGGCAAUGAUGGAUCCGACGAGAAAUGACGAAUACGAAUUUGGAAAACCUUACAAACGAAAUCAAAAGGAAAAAGACAAGGAAAUGGGCGAUGUUUGGAGGGGCGAAGACAGCAUGAUGAAGGUUUCAGAGGAAGACUCACAUGAGCAGGGGAGGUCAGCAAGAGACGAAGAUGAAGAGGGUGAUGGGGGCAAAGACGCCUGA